CAGAGCAGCAGCUGCUGAGGCAGAGCGGUUGUUCCUUUUCUUUCUCGCUCCUAUCAUUUCGUUUCGUUCCCGUCCCUGAUCUGAUCAGGCCAGGCCAGGCGGGGGAGCAGAGCAGGCCACGCCACGCCACUCCCUCCCCCACCCCCCUCCUCGGAGCAGGGGGCAGGUGGCGGAGAUCGCCGCGCCGGGCACCGCAUUGCGCCGCGCCGGCCAUGGCCGAUCCGUACGGCGAUGGCAAGAAGAACCAGCAGCCGCGCCCCGGCCCCGGCCCCCGCCUCAAGCCCGCCAUCGAGAUGGAGGACCUCAUCAACCUCCUCCACGGAUCCGAUCCGGUCCGCGUCGAGCUCACCCGCCUCGAGAACGAGCUGCAGUACAAGGAGAAGGAGCUGGGCGACGCGCAGGCGGAGAUCAAGGCUCUCCGCCUGUCGGACCGUGCGCGAGAGAAGGCCGUACAGGAUCUUACGGAAGAAUUGGCAAAGGUGGACGAGAAGCUCAAGCUCACAGAGUCUCUCCUUGAAACCAAGAACCUCGAAGCAAAGAAGAUCAAUGACGAAAAGAAAGCAGCACUUGCCGCGCAGUUUGCAGCAGAGGCUACACUACGAAGGGUUCAUGCCGCGCAGAAGGAUGAUGACAUGCCUCCUAUUGAGGCCAUUCUUGCACCACUGGAAGCUGAGCUGAAACUAGCCCGUCAAGAGAUUGCAAAACUACAAGAUGAUAACAGGGCACUAGAUCGUCUUACAAAGUCUAAGGAAGCAGCUCUACUUGAAGCAGAAAGGACGGUUCAGAUAGCAUUGGCAAAAGCUUCCUUGGUGGAUGAUCUGCAAAACAAAAACCAAGAACUGAUGAAGCAGAUUGAGAUAUGCCAGGAAGAGAACAAAAUCUUGGAUAGAAUGCACCGCCAGAAAGUUGCUGAGGUUGAAAAGCUCACUCAGACUGUCAGAGAGCUAGAAGAAGCUGUUCUUGCUGGUGGCGCAGCUGCAAAUGCUGUGAGAGACUAUCAGCGGAAAGUUCAGGAGAUGAAUGAGGAAAUGAAAACUCUUGAUCGUGAGCUAGCACGUGCAAAGGUUUCAGCAAAUAGGGUUGCAGUAGUGGUGGCAAAUGAGUGGAAAGACGGCAAUGAUAAAGUAAUGCCCGUUAAACAGUGGCUUGACCAACGAAGGAUUCUGCAAGGAGAAAUGCAGCAACUCCGGGACAAACUUGCUAUUGCAGAAAGGGCUGCAAGAUCAGAAGCUCAACUGAAAGAGAAGUUCCAGUUACGACUUAAGGUACUUGAGGAAGGAUUGAGGAUGUCUACAUCCCGGACCAAUGUCAGUACCACGCGCCGCCAGUCUAUUGGUGGUGCUGAUGGUUUAUCCAAGGCCAAUGGCUUUCUGUCAAAACGCCCAUCAUUCCAGAUGAGAUCAUCAGUGUCUACCACAACAACUCUAGUUAACCAUGCGAAAGGGGCAUCCAAAUCUUUCGAUGGAGGCUGUAGAUCACUUGAACGCUAUAAGGGCCUUGUAAACGGGAACGGUAUGAACGUAUCUACCGAUUCCAGUGAAGAUAAGGAGUCCAGCAACUCAGAUGAGAAGUGUAAUGAGUUUGCAUCUGCUGAGUCGGAGGACUUGGUGUCAGGUGCUCUAUAUGAUUUUGUGCAAAAGGAGGUCAUUGCCCUAAGGAAGGCGUGCCAUGAAAAGGAUCAAAGCCUGAAAGACAAGGAUGAUGCAGUUGAGAUGUUGGCAAAGAAAGUAGAUACUUUGACAAAAGCCAUGGAGUCAGAGGCGAAGAAAUCGAGGCGUGAGUUAGCUGCUAUGGAGAAGGAGUUGGCAGCUACGCGUUUGGAGAAAGAGCAGGAUAACCGAGCGAAACGGUUUGGUAGUUCAAGUGGCUCUGCCAACAGUUCGCAGCUCCCACCUGGCAGGAGUUUACCUCGGAGCGGCUCAGCACGCAACAUGUGACACCUUGGUUGAUUAGGAGUGGUGACAAGGAAGGAGCCUCUCCUGAUCCGGGAGAAGAUGGCAUUGUGGAAGAAGCCAUCCUGCCUACAUCUCGUGGGUUGUGUUUGUGUCUAACAAAGGCAAAGCUAGUGGAAGGAAGGGUGUGCUCCGGCUAGUGUUUUUUUUUCCCCUUCUUCUUCUUCUUUUCAUUUUAAUGAUGAUGACAUGGCAUUUGCUGGUGAUUAUUGCUGUUCCUUUUUUUUUUUACUUUUUUGGCAUUGGCAAUGCAAUGAUCUUUGUUGGUGUUGUAUAGGUUUGGUGAGGAGUUGCUUUCUUUGAUAUCCAUCCAUCCGUUGUAAUGUAAAACGUAUGCACUGAAGAGUUGCUUAUAAUUUGCCUGACGUUUUCCCCUGUUUCGUUCUA